AUGGACUCCUCGCCGCCCGCGUCCGCGUCCGCGCCCGCCAAGCGCAACCGCACGCGCACCGGAUGCUUUGCCUGUCGCCGCAAGAAGCGCAAGUGUGACGAGCGCCGCCCGUCAUGCGGUGCCUGCGCUCGUCGCGGCCAGAGCUGCGAAUGGGGCGUGCGCCUCAACUUUCGCGCCGAAAACGCUCGCUGCCUCGACGGCUCGCAUCCGUCCAUGGCUCGGACAAGGAAGCGGCCUCCCAAGAAUUAUGAGAUUCUCGAUGUCACAUCGGACGUGAUCCGCGGGUACAACGUCCUGUCACCGCCGCCGACGCAGCUCCAUUACUCGCCUCGAGACGAGGAGGACAGACGUGGAGGAGAUGCGGCUUCACCUACGUUGACCACACCACCCGCUGGUCGUGGCGAAGCUUCCACUGCAUCUACCGGACCAUUCGCAUACGGCACCAAUUCGUCCCUGGCCGCGACGAAUGGCUCACCCAGCGGCCACCGCCAGACGGAGAGCGCCGUCGCCAACCUCCUCUACUUCAGCCAAGGCGGCCAUCCCUCACCAACCCUGCCCAUCGGCUUGGAUGUGCCCGAAUACAUUGAUCAGCAGCUCCAGGCAAUUACCCCUGAUGGCACAAACUCCAUCGAAGACGGCAUUUUUCUCCCUGGCUCUGCGUACCACGAGCUGCAUUCAACUCUGCGCAAUCACUUGAUCCACGAAGUCAAGUCGAACGCCCCCACUCGUCAAGCGACCCCGAGGUUCGAGUUCGACGACAACGAUGGUGUCAGCCAAGAACCCGGCAAGGUGCCCGAAUAUGCACUGGACCUGUCAAUAUCCGUCGCCCAGCUGCCUUCAUUGCUACCCAAGGAGGACGAGUGUGUCCUCUGGCGGAACUGGUUCGACGAGGUCUCCCCAUGGCUUGACAAGUUUGACAAUGACCGCCACUUUCAGCAAAUCAUUCCCACCAUGGCCCCCGACCACGAUCAUCUACAUUACGCAAUUCUUGCACUCUCCGCGCGUCAGAUGGAGCUCAAGGAGACGACUUCGCCGACCGAUCGCUCUCUCGCGUUGUAUCAACAGGCUAUCCACCACCUUCUGCCACAUCUUCCCUCCCGCGGCACUGCCGUCAUCGCUUCGUGUGUGAUCCUAUGUGUCCUGGAGAUGAUGAGCUGCUCGCCCAAGGCCUGGCAGCGCCAUCUGGAUGGCUGCGCCAGCCUUAUGGAGGCCGUUGGCAUAAACGGGUUCGUCGGCGGUAUUGAACAAGCGCUUUUCUGGUGCUUCGCCCGAAUGGACGUCUGUGGCGGCCUCAUCUCUUCCGUCACGACUCUCAUCCCUGUAUCUCACUGGGCAGCCACGAUGGGCAGUAGCACCAACGAUCUCGACCAAGAUGUACAGAGAUUCCGAGCUAUACGAGACUUUACCGGCUGGUCCAAUUAUGCCGUCUACCUCACGGCCCAGGUGCUAGACCUGCUCGCGCCUUUAUCUGAUACGGCCGCCCUGCAUGUCGGGAAUCGUUCAGAUCCUGCCUUUCGGGCGCGAUGGACCAAACUUUGGCGGUACAUAUCCGAGUGGCACGAUGCCCGGCCAGCUCCGCUGCUUCCAAUAAUGACGAUACCCUCGUCCACGAAGUCUCCCUUUCCGACAGUCAUUUUCUCCAACCCCGCCGCCAUAUCCGGGAACCAGCUCCACCACACGGCCUCUUUGCUCAUGCUGCAGAACCAGCCGCCAGGUGUCAGACUGACUCCGCGACCGCGCACCAUCCUUUGGCACGCACGGAGAGUCUGUGCCAUAAGUAUGUCCAACGAACACCACGGGGCCUGGACAAACGGGAUUCAGCCUUUAUGGGUUGCCGGGAGGUGUAUGAGCCACCCCGAAGAACACCGAACUAUUCUGGAGCUGCUCGACAGAAUCGAGCGGGAGAGCGGAUGGAGAACAAAGUGGCGCGCAGAAGACCUCAAAGCAUACUGGGGAGAUUUGGAGGAGUGA